AUGUCAAAAAGUACAAAACCGCUUGAAAAAAAUAUACCUCCCCAGAAGGGAAAAAAAAGAGAACUUGAUGUAGAAGAAAUUGAACCUGUUUUGGAUUCCAGGGAAUCUUCUAAAUUAGAUGAACUAGAUU